AAACCCGAUAAGGCCGUCGGUUCAUGAGCACUGUGCUGCAGGAAUGGUGUGUGUCGUAGGCAGAGCAGUGACAAGGUUGUGCGUCCCGUGAACAGUACGUAUUUUCAGAGUCGCAAUGGCAGACGCUUUGGGUAAAGUCCCCGACGCUGAAGUCGAUCCAGAAGGAACAUUUAAGUAUAUUUUAGUGAGGAUAAAAGUAAAAGAUGGAACUGAUUACAAAGAUAUAGUGAGAGGCACAAAAAGUGCUGGGCAGUAUCACAAUCAUAUAUUUGAGAAGGUCACCCCACCAAUAACGGCUUUGGGACUGGAGUGCAACUGUCUUGGAGGAGGGAAGAUUGAGCACAACAGCAAAGACAAAAAACUGCAUGUUUUUGGGGAAUCAACUGGCUAUGGCAAAGCAGAUCAUUCAGUGUCUGUUGAGAAGCUGAAGAGUGUUUUCAAAGACUACGAGAUUACCUGGUCCGAUGAUAAAGAAUAGAGGGAAACUCCCCCUCUGUAUAUGUCUGCCAUAUGGCUAUACACCCCUGUUAACAAAACAACACAGAUGUCACUGCAAUGAUUCAAAAUCAUUAAAAUAAAAAUUCAGUUGCAUUUUA